AUGUCUCUCACCAACGCAAGUCCCGCCGAUGCGGCUCGGGCGGCCAAGUCGGCCUCCCACGUGCUGGCCACGCUCUCGGCCGAGGCCCGCAACGACGCCCUGACAGCCAUCCACGCCGGCCUGACUGCCGCGCGCGACGACAUCCUGGCCGCCAAUGCCCGCGACCUUGAGCUGGCCCGCCAAGCCGCCGCUGACGGCAAGCUGAGCGCCAGCCUGGUGUCGCGCCUCGACUUGGGCAAGACGGGCAAGUGGGAGGACAUGCUCAAGGGCAUCCUGGACGUGCGCGACCUUGAGGAUCCCGUCGGCCGGGUCACUCUUCGUACCAAGCUGGACGACGAUCUCGAGCUGGAGCGCGUGACCUGCCCCAUCGGCGUGCUGCUCAUCAUCUUCGAGGCUCGUCCCGAAGUAAUCGCCAACAUCGCCGCUCUGGCCGUUAAGUCCGGCAACGCGGCCAUCCUCAAGGGCGGCAAGGAGUCGACGGAAUCCUUCGUGGCCAUCAGCACCGUCAUCUCCAACGCCCUGUCCCAGACCAAGGUCCCCAAUGCCGCCAUCCAGCUCGUCACCACGCGCGAGUCCAUCCCGCAGCUGCUCGCCCUCGACCGCGACAUCGACCUCGUCAUCCCCCGCGGCUCCAACGAGCUGGUGCGCUACAUCAAGGAGAACACCAAGAUCCCCGUCCUCGGCCACGCCGACGGCCUGUGCUCCAUCUACCUGACCGCCUCCGCCGACGCCAAGCUGGCCGCCGACGUCGUCGUCGAUGCCAAGACCAGCUACCCGGCCGCCUGCAACAGCGUCGAGACCCUCUUGGUCCAGGAAUCCGCUCUCAGCACCAUCUUCCCCGCCGUCGCCUCCGCUUUGGCCGCCAAGAGCGUCGAGCUCCGUUGCGACGCCGUCUCCAAGGCCGCCCUUUCUUCUUCCUCUAGCAACAUCACCGUUGUCGACGCCGUUGACGCCGACUACGACACCGAAUUCCUCUCCCUCACCCUCGCCGUCAAGACCGUCCCCGACCUGUCGGCCGCCAUCGACCACAUCAACACGCACGGCUCGCACCACACCGAGGCGAUCCUGACUUCCGACAAGGACGAGGCCGAGCGCUUCAUGUCGGCCGUGGACGCUUCCGGCGCGUACUGGAACGCGUCGACUCGCUUCGCGGACGGCAUGCGUUAUGGUUUCGGCACCGAGGUCGGUAUCAGCACCAACAAGAUCCACUCGCGCGGUCCUGUCGGCCUGGAAGGGUUGAUGAUUUACAAGUACAAGAUUAGGGGGCAGGGACAUGUUAGUGCGGUCUAUGGUGAGGGAGAGGGCAAGAGGAGGUUUAAGCAUGAGAAGUUGGAUCUUUAA